AUGGCCUCGAAGCGGAUGCGGGGCCUUGCCAUCUCGCGCCCGAUCCUCAUUGGGUCGACCGCGACGCCGCUCACUCCCGAGGAGCGCCUCAGUGCGCCGCCCGACCACACGCACCGCUGGACGGUCGCGGUGCGCAGCGCGGCCUCGGCGCCGCUUGCGACGUGGUCUGCCGACAAGAACGACGCGCAGCCGAAUGCCACGAUCGGGACACGCUUGCGGGACAGCGAGGUGGACCUGCACAAGGCGGUCGGCAACAAGGACGACCUGUCCUACUUUAUCAAGCGCGUCCAGUUCCGCUUGCACGAGACCUACGCACAGCCUACACGAAACAUCGACCGCUCGCCGUUUAGCGUGACCGAGACAGGAUGGGGCGAGUUUGAGAUCCAGAUCAAGAUCUUCUUUGUGCCAGAGGCGGGGGAGAAGCCGCUGACGAUCCUCCACCACCUCAAGCUGCACCCUUGGCCGAGCGGGCCGGUGGGCACGACGGUGCCGCCGCCCGAGGCGCCGGCCGACGGCACGGCGCCGCCGCCGCCGCCGCCGCUUCCGCCGGCGGUGCACUCGUGGCAGUACGAAGAGAUCGUGUUUCCGGAACCGCUCGAGGCGUUCUACGAGAUCCUCGUGGCGAAUCCCCCGACGCCGUGGCCCGCAACGUCGGCGCAGGCAUUUGCCGACGCGGCAGACUACGAGGCAUACUGCAAGGCCCGCGACGCGGGCGAGGACGCCAAGGCGCCGCACCCCGUGCACACGCCGAGCGGCCACCUCUUUGAGGCGCUCUCGCUCGAGGCGCAGCGUGCCGAGGCCGAUCGCAUCGACCUGGCGCGCGCCAACGCCGUGCACCAGCUCGACGCGGACCGCGAGAAGCUGAUCCAGACCGAAAAGCUCCUGCGCGACGCUCGCACGCAACUCGCUACGCUAGAACGCCCGUCAUACCCUUCAUAG